AUGGCAAUCAAUCGGCCAGUUUUCUUUCUCAAGGUCAUCUGGUUAACCCAUUUUGUGCUGAGCUCAUGGGCUUUAUUAAGCAGUUUUGGUGGACUUACAAUUUACUUGUAUACAAAUGUGGCAUUUUUAGCUUGUGGACUUUGGGCGAUUGUGUUGGUAGAGAGCUCAGACGCAGUUAUCAUGUUCCUGGCCACGCUGGCUGUCAGCGCAUUCAACGAUAUAUUAAUCCUGGGUCUGUAUGAACCAAGAUUUCAUGUUACCCGUGAGCGCAAUCCAGUCACAACCAACCAAAGGAAUGAAUACAGAUUUGCAUUGGGUAUGUGCAUUACAAACUUACUUCUCAAACCUGUGUCGGCAUUUGUGUUGUAUCGCAUUUACCAGAGUCGAGCAAGUGGUUCAGAGUUCAGCUACGGCAUCCCAGGCUUGGAUAAUUCCAGAUUCGGUGGCAGUCAUGGGGGCUACAACGAUAUCGAAAGCAGUCCAGGUCAUACAACAAUACACGUGAGACCCAACGACCCGCCGCUGUACCAGGCUCCAGCCUACCAAGAACCACCACCAAUUGAAUUUGACCACCCAGUCAAAGCAUAA